CCUUGCCAGCCAUGGCGACCCCCGCGCCCUUUCUAUCGUCGCAUGAGAGAAUCCGGGUGGAGGAUUAUCUGAAUGAUAAGAUACAGGUUUCUUCAGAUCUAGAAAAUCUCGAUUCGUUGCUUUCUAGCUUGUGCGCUCAGCAGGAGCUUCAACGAAGACAGUUAGCAGAAGCUCAGGAAGCCCUCUCUAAUGCCACCAAAGCCUCCAACGAUCAUGCCGAAGCCACUCGAAAGCGAGCCGAAGCGUUCAACGAACAACAAGUAGACAUUGACCGGCGGUUGAAAGCAAUCACACAGUCAGAUGUUAGUGAUGAAGCUGUACGGCGAUUUGAGCGGAACAUGGAGAAACUCCGGCGGCUGGAGAUCUCAAAAGGCUACGUUGGUCUCCUGAAGGAAGUCGAUGCGUUGAGCAAAGAUGUCCAACAGAAUAUUUCUUCGGCGCCGAGUCUGGCUUUAAAGCCGUAUUCACGAUUGCGAAAUAUUGUCUUUUCGUUGAAAGAUGCCCAACCUGCCGCAGAGGGGGCAGCUCCUCACUUGGUCGACCACACUGCGAAGCUGGCAUCUGUACUGCGAGAAGAGAUGAAGGCAAAUUUCAUCAAGAGACUCCAGAAGACGCUUGAGCAAAUGAAGUGGCCAGUUAAGGAUUUACAUCUUACGGAUAGCCUGGUCUCACAAUGGAAGAGCGACGUUGAAUUGCUUCUCGGCUUGCAGAUACCGGAACUUGAGGAAUUUAGCAUAAUCUCUGGUGACCAGAAUGUUGAACCGCCUAUUCUGUUUCCAAUGGAGGUGAUGGUUCACCCGCUAGAACUCAGAUUCAAGUACCAUUUCAGCAGUGAUAAACCAACAAAUAAGCUUGACAAGCCUGAAUAUUUCUUGUUCCAUAUUACGGACUUGAUUACUGCCCAUGGUAGUUUCUUCGCCAAAUACCUCCAGCCAAUUUUUGAUGAGAAGACGCAAACAGUGGAACCCGGCCUGAAAUGGCAUUUCUACAGUGCACCGCAUGCUUUCAUCACAGCUCUUUUUCCGAUGCUGAGGGAGAAAAUAAGCACUUGUCUCCCCCAAGUUUCAAGCCGCCCACAAUUGCUCAGUCAUUUUAUACACCAACUAAUGACCUUUGAUAAUGAGAUCCGUGAGAUGUCGAACUAUACACCUUAUCCAUCCUCUAACGAAAACUGGAAAGGAAUGUCAUGGGAAGUUCUGACCAAGCAGGGCUGGUUUGAUCGCUGGCUUCAAGUCGAGAAGGAUUUCGCACUCGCACGAUACAAGGAGAUCAUUGACGCACCGGACAGCGGAGAACUGGAUUAUGACGGCGUCGAGCCCUUCGCUACGAAGCCAACAAAAGCCUCGAUACGGGUCAAUGACCUUCUUGAAACCAUCACGGAACGUUACCAACCCCUGUCAUCGUUUAGCCAAAAGCUGCGAUUUCUUAUAGACGUCCAGAUUACAAUUUUCGACCAAUUUCAUGCACGUCUGCGUUCAGCCCUGGAAGCGUAUCUCGCCAUGACAUCUGCUAUCGGACGUACCGUACAGGGGUCGGAUGCACAAAGCGUUGAAGGUGUUGCCGGGUUAGAGCGGCUCUGCAGGGUCUUCGGAAGCGCGGAAUAUCUAGAAAAGAAGAUGGAAGAUUGGAGCAACGACGUGUUUUUCGUGGAGCUCUGGAUUGAGCUGCAAGAACGGGUUCAACGUAACAAAUACGGCGGGAAAAAUGUCGCAGGACCCAUGUCUGUGGCAGACGUGGCCACGCGUACUUCUUCGGCUGUUGUGAAUAACUACGGCCAAGAAGCCACCUCAGACGGUGCCCUCUUUGACGAAACCGCCUCUGUAUAUCGCCAUCUACGCCUUCGAUCUGAGACUGUCCUCACUUCCACGCUUUGCUCCGACACGAUCUCCGCUCUCAAACCCUACUCCCGCACAUCAACGUGGGCAACCCUUUCUUCCGCCGCUGCUGUUCCAGCAGCAGCUCCUUUUUCUCCCUCUUCAGAUCUCGCUCCAGCCACACGCACUCUCUCCGCUAGCAUUUCUUUCCUCUCUCGUGCCCUCGGAGUUGCGCCUUUGCGACGCAUAGUCCGCCAGCUUCUCCAGUCUAUUCAAGCUUACAUCUGGGACAAUGUACUUAUGCGACAUAAUUUCUCAGCGGCCGGUGCUGCCCAGUUUUCAGGUGACGUCGGUCACCUUUGCAGCGUGGUAGACGUUGCACUCGGCGUCGCCAGCAGCCAAGGCGACUCGGAGCGAGUCAUCAAGAAGCUCAACGAGGCCCUCUUACUUCUCUGUCUGGAUGCGAGCGCUUCAUCGGAGGCGUCCAUUGACAAUAACUCUACUGUACCUCUGGGCGGUAAUAACUUAGCUGAGUCCGAACCACGUGCGCUUCCGGGAUUAUGGGAGGUAGAGAAGAGGCUCUUUAAGGAUAACAAGAGCGCUAGAGAAGUUCUUUCUGAGCUUGGAAUGGAAAUUUUAACCGAAAGCGAGGCUAGGAUGGUAUUGGAAAGAAGGGUAGAGAUUGGUAGCUAGAUAUUUCCUUUUUUUUUUUCUUUUGACGAACUACAAUUUUCUACUUCUUUCUUGAAUGGCAGUGAUUAGGAAGUUCACUCUAAUAAAAUCAUGUACAAGAUUCUAUUUCUAUCUUUAUAUAUAAGCGAGAUGUACUCCGUAAGCACGUUGGCUUCAUGGAAAAGCUAUCCAAGCUGUCUGUCGUGUAUAAGGGAAUUUUAUGAAUGCAUAACUCAUGUCCAACCGUAAGACUGAAACCUCCAAGACGGCGCGAAAUUCAAAAUCUCUGUACACAAAUGUGAAAAUGUCAGUGCAUAAAUUUCACCCUGGAGAACCGGGAGAAGACCCGGUUGGUUAUAAUAAAAACCGCAAAAUGAGGUGAGACAGUUGAACUAUCAUGGCACAUGGACUUCUUUGAUCAAGUCACUAUGUUCUUUUCUCGUUCUCACUUUCAAGAUGAGCUUGUCUUUUUCAAGUUCUGGACGAUGCCCGGACCGAGUUCUUCAAUGGCCCGCACGAGGCCUUCAGCCGUAUCCUUGGUUGUCAGGAUAUUAACCACGCAACGGAAGAAUUUACCGUUUCCAACUGCAUCUUCGUCACCACUGGGAGGAGCAAAAUCAAUCAUGAAUCCCUUAUUCACGAGAGCAGGAACUCCUUCCCCGGAGCGUAAUAGAAACAGACCUGUAAGCAAGGGGGGGGGUUCUCGCUGAGGAGAAUGAAAUCGGGGUUUUCACCGACUAUCGUGGCCAGAUGCGCAGCUACUUCGCAGGCAGAGUCGAUCUGUCUCUGGUAUCCUUCGGAGCCGUAGUAAGUCCAACUCAGGAAAAGUUUCAGGGAAUCUGCCCGACGACCGCAUUGCAGAGUCAAAUCUGCUAGGUCCCAGACUUCAGGCGAAUCUACGGCCAGUUCAGCUUCGGGGAUGGAUGAAUCUCCAUUUUUGGACGAUGAUGGUUCGGGGUCCUCGUUGUGGAAAAGAUAACCUGCUGGAAGGGUGUUGGCACGAUGGAACUGGCGGAUAUCUGCGGCCAGCAGGAAAGAACAUGUCACUGGCACACCAAGCAUUUUGUGUGGGUUGAUUCCAAUGCUAUUUGCUUUCUCUGCACCUGCGAGCUUAUGCUGCUGACGAUCAGAGAAAACGAACGAGCCACCCCAUGAUCCGUCGACAUGGAGCCAGAGCUUGUGCUUUUUGCAUAUCGCAGCGAUUUUAUCAAAGGGGUCAAAUGAACCCAUAACCGUCGUACCAGCUGUGGCAUUGACGUAGAAAGGUGUUCUCCCUUCAUUUUUGGCUUUCUGAACGAG